AUGUCCUCGGAGCGUUCAAUUUCAAAGGAUAUUCCUGGAAUAUCCAUAACGACGGCAUUCGACUUCUGCGAGGCCCUUGACCACAUCAAGGGAAAGCUCGACGAACGAGUUUUCACCAAAGAUUGGAGAGAUUGGACCAGUUCUGUCACCGACGCCUUUACAGCCAGUCAGCCAACUGAUGUGAAACAGAAUCACACGGUUUCGAUAAUCUGGUUCUCUUUUAGAUUCUUGACCGUCCUUUGGACUAUUUGGUUCGGCAAGGGCUCAGUACCUCCCUGGAAAGGGAUGUACGACGCUAUGACAUUGAGAGGCCGAAAUGGCAAAGACGACGUCCUAAUCGACGUCUUCAAGCUGGGAGAGUCGAUACGGCACAAACCAAACAAUGCCGAGCAGAUUAUUCGACAGGCAAUCAGAGCUUACUCUCCGCUCACCAUCCGCCGUACACGUGCUCCAGCAUAA